AUGGCUGAAGGUGUUUUCCCAGGUGCUAUCGGUAUCGAUUUAGGUACAACUUACUCUUGUGUUGCUACUUACGAGAAUUCCGUUGAAAUUAUUGCCAACGAACAAGGUAACAGAGUUACCCCAUCCUUCGUUGCCUUCACUCCAGAAGAAAGAUUGAUCGGUGAUGCUGCUAAGAACCAAGCUGCUUUGAACCCAAAAAACACCGUCUUCGAUGCUAAGCGUUUAAUUGGUAGAAGAUUCGAUGAAGAAUCUGUCCAAUCUGACAUGAAGACCUGGCCAUUCAAGGUUAUCGACUCCAACGAUGCCCCAUUGAUUGAAGUUGAAUAUUUGGGUGAAACCAAAACCUUUUCUCCACAAGAAAUUUCCUCCAUGGUCUUGACCAAGAUGAAGGAAAUUGCUGAAGCUAAGAUUGGUAAGAAGGUCGAAAAGGCUGUCGUUACCGUCCCAGCUUACUUCAACGAUGCUCAAAGACAAGCCACCAAGGAUGCUGGUGCCAUUGCUGGUUUGAACGUCUUGAGAAUCAUUAACGAACCAACUGCUGCUGCCAUUGCUUACGGUCUAGGUGCUGGUAAGUCUGAUAAGGAAAGACACGUCCUGAUCUUCGAUUUGGGUGGUGGUACUUUCGAUGUUUCUCUAUUACACAUUGCUGGUGGUGUUUACACUGUUAAAUCUACCUCUGGUAACACUCACUUGGGUGGUCAAGAUUUCGAUACCAACUUGUUGGAACAUUUCAAGACUGAAUUCAAGAAGAAGACCGGUUUGGACAUCUCUGGUGAUGCCAGAGCUUUGAGAAGAUUAAGAACUGCUGCUGAAAGAGCCAAGAGAACUUUGUCUUCUGUCGCUCAAACCACCGUUGAAGUUGACUCUUUGUUCGAUGGUGAAGACUUUGAAGCUACCAUCACCAGAGCUAGAUUCGAAGACAUCAACGCUGCUCUAUUCAAGUCUACUUUGGAACCAGUUGAACAAGUUCUAAAGGAUGCUAAGAUCGCCAAGUCCCAAAUCGACGAAGUCGUCUUGGUUGGUGGUUCUACCAGAAUUCCAAAGGUCCAAAAGUUGUUGUCUGACUUCUUCGAAGGUAAGCAAUUGGAAAAAUCUAUCAACCCAGAUGAAGCUGUUGCUUACGGUGCUGCCGUCCAAGGUGCUAUCUUGACUGGUCAAUCCACCUCUGACGAAACCAAGGACUUGUUGUUGUUGGAUGUUGCCCCAUUGUCUUUGGGUGUCGGUAUGGCUGGUGAUGUCUUCGGUGUUGUCGUUCCAAGAAACACCACUGUCCCAACCAUCAAGAGAAGAACUUUCACCACCGUUGCUGACCACCAAACUACCGUUACUUUCCCAGUUUACCAAGGUGAACGUGUUAACUGUAAGGAAAACACUUUGUUGGGUGAAUUCGACUUGAAGGGUGUCCCACCAAUGCCAGCUGGUGAACCAGUUUUGGAAGCUAUCUUCGAAGUUGACGCCAACGGUAUCUUAAAGGUCACUGCCGUCGAAAAGUCCACAGGUAAGUCCGCUAACAUUACCAUCUCCAACGCUAUCGGUAGAUUGUCUUCUGAAGAAAUUGAACAAAUGGUCAACCAAGCUGAAGAAUUCAAGGCUGCUGACGAAGCUUUCGCCAAGAAGCACGAAGCCAGACAAAGAUUGGAAUCAUACAUCUCCUCUGUUGAACAAACUGUCACUGACCCAGUCUUGUCCGCUAAGAUCAAGAGAAAUGCUAAGGCUAAGGUCGAAGCUGCUUUGGCUGAAGCUUUCUCCACCUUGCAAAUCGAAGACGCUUCUACUGACGAUUUGAGAAAGGCUGAAGUCGGUUUGAAGAGAGCUGUCACCAAGGCUAUGUCUACCCGUUAA